AUGAAAUACGUCUUGGUCUCGGGAGGUGUGAUUAGCGGGGUCGGCAAAGGCAUCAUUGCCUCUUCUGCUGGCCUGCUGCUGAAGACGAUGGGUCUGAAGGUGUCCAGCAUCAAAAUCGAUCCCUACAUCAAUGUCGAUGCCGGACUGAUGAACCCGCGCGAGCACGGGGAAGUCUACGUCCUCGACGACGGCGGCGAGGUCGACCUCGACCUGGGAAACUACGAGCGAUACCUCAACAUCACCCUCACGCGCCAGAAUAACAUCACCUUGGGCAAGAUUUAUGAAAAGGUCAUUCGCAAGGAGCGCAAUGGCGACUAUCUCGGCAAGACGGUGCAGGUUGUGCCUCACAUCACGGGCGAGAUUGAGGAUUGGAUCGAGCGUGUGGCCAAGAUCCCGGUGGAUGACACCAACGAGGAACCCGACGUCUGUAUCAUCGAGUUGGGAGGAACCGUGGGUGACAUUGAGAGCAUGGCCUUUGUCGAGGCUCUCACCGAGCUGCGGAGGAAGGUCGGCAGGGACGAGUUUAUGCAGAUCCAUGUCUCGUACAUUCCCGUCGUGCAUGGCGAACAGAAGACGAAACCCACGCAAAUGGCCAUCAAGGCGGUGCGGUCCGCGGGUCUGAUUCCAGACCUGAUUGCCUGUCGAUGCGAGAAGCCGCUCGAGGAAGGUGCAAUCGACAAAAUCGCUCGCUUCUGUCAGGUCGAGACGUCAAGCGUGUUGGCAGUGCGAGACAUGCCUUCAACCUAUCAAGUCCCCAUCCUGCUUCACGAGCAGAACCUGGUACAGCUGAUGACCCACACGCUUGGCUUGGACAAGGUCAAGCUGUCGCCUGGUUUGGGGGAGAAGGGAGUCCGCAUCUGGGAGACGUGGAUGCGUCUGACUCUGGGUCUGGAGCACAUCCGCGAGGAGCUGGAGAUUGUGCUGGUGGGAAAGUACCUCGACCAACCGGACGCAUACUGUUCCGUCAUCAAGUCAUUGGAGCACGCUGCCAUGUACUGCCGCAAGAAGCUCAAGGUCAAGAACGUUGACGCCGAGCACCUCGAAGCCCGCACCAGAGAUACAGAUCCCGCAGCCUACCACGAGGCCUGGCGCAUAGUCUGCACGGCGGCCGGUAUCCUGAUCCCUGGAGGCUUUGGCGCCAGAGGCACCGAGGGCAUGAUUGCUGCGGCCAACAGAGCGCGCCUGAACAAGACCCCUUACCUCGGCGUCUGCCUGGGCAUGCAAAUCGCUGUUGUCGAGUUUGCACGCAAUGUCUGCAAGGUUCCACUGCCGCAGGCCACCUCGUACGAGUUCGACGGCACAGACAAGGAUCGCGUCAUCGUUGACAUGCCUGAACACAACCCCGGGGAGAUGGGCGCAACAAUGCGUCUCGGCAACAAACCCACAUACUGGCAGGAGGGCUCAGAAUGGAGCAAACUUCGCGCUCUCUAUGGGAAGGGAGAUAGCGUCAACGAGCGCCAUCGCCACCGGUACGAAGUCAACCCCGACUAUAUCUCUCAGCUAGAAGAGGGCGGCAUGUCAUUCAUCGGCAAGGGCAACACCGGCGUACGCAUGGAGAUUGUCGAGCUCAAAGACCACCCAUGGUUCGUCGGUGUUCAAUACCACCCCGAGUACCUCAGCCGUGUCUUGCAGCCAUCAAAGCCAUAUCUCGGCUUCAUUGCUGCCAGCGCGGGCAUGCUAGACGAGGUGCUGCGAGGUGACAGCCCAAGUGGGCGUCACUCACCGAACGCUGACCUCUACCAAGAGUUCAACAGCACCGUCAACACCGUCAAGGUCAACGGCCACUAG